AUGAGCCUACUAUAUGGGCAUGCAAGCUUUGCCACCAUAAUACUGAAUUUUCCAAAGGCCGGGAAUGGUACUAUAAUAGUAACUCUCUCAAAAAUACCGAAAAUCACCUCCUUACCUAACACUUUCUCGAUUACCAGGGAGAUAUAUGGAGAGCAUAGCAUGGAAGUGAUAGCUAUGAGCGUGCGAUACCGUUCCGUUAACAGGAAUUUAUAAAUGCGUUCGUUAAAUAGGUUAUAAUGGAUAAUAUUAAGUCUCGCAAAGCAGCCUCUUCCCGACUCAAGCGUGCCUUCAAAAUUGCUAAUAUGCAAGCUGCAAAUGCUUUACCGGUUACCCAUAAUACGGUGGAGUCCUGGAUUAACGAGAUGUUUUAUUAUUUUGAACCAGAAAUCAAAGAAGAGAUUCGGAUAGCAAAAUCACGAAUACACUAUACUUUUAACGGUUAGGGA